GGAUAGAGCUCGCAAAUUUUUCCGCUAAAACGUUCCAGCCGCAAACGCGACAAUCAAAAGUGCUAACUGCUCUAUCAGCUCCACAUCUGGGCAAGGUCAAUCGCUGCAACGUUAUGCCUCGAUUCUCGCUGGCAAUCUGGCUGGGUGUCUACCUGGCGCAGGCCCACAUCCUCGCCCACUACAUACAAAUCGAUCAGGAAGAGUUUCGGGCCAGCGGCUUUCCGCAUCCGCAUUUCCCGCCCCCACCGAUGACCCCACUCGAUCACUUGCCACAGGUGCUGGCCGCCAAGGAGCUGACCCCGGCGGAGGUGAUGGUCGAUCUGACGAAUGACCUCACCCACCGCCUGCUCCACUACCACUCCAUACUGAAUCGCAACAAUUUUGCCUUCUCGCCGACUGCCCUGGUCAGUGUCCUGGUGGCCCUGUACGAGGGAUCCUCCAGCAACAGUGCCAACGAGCUGCGCAACGUCCUGCAGUUGCCUAACAAUCGUGAUGUCAUUCGCGUCGGAUACCGCGACAUCCAUCGACGACUACGGACCUAUUUCUUUGGCUCCGACAAUCCCCUGAAGGGCCUCAGCAUGAACAAGAACAAUGUGACUGUCUUGAAGGACUUCGAGACAGUGCUCAUGUUCUACGGCUACGAUCUGAGUGUGGAUAUGGUGUCCUCAACGCCAGCAAAUAUUACGGCGGAUGCUGAGAUGGUAAGCACGACCACACCCGCAAAUGCCACAACUGAGGAUUUUGAAGCUGAGACCAUCGCCACCACAACGGUUAAGGAGGUAGAAAGUACCACUGAGGUGCCUGCCACGACGACCACAGAGGAGCCAACGACAACAACAGAAGCGCCGCCUGAAACGAGCACCGAGGCACCACCCCCAGAGUCAUCCGGCGAGGAGGCGGCAGAGCCGGCUGGAGAGGAUGAGGCAGCUGAGCUGGUGUCCGCCUUCGUGGCCGAGGAGGAGGCCGAGCCACUGCUGCGCAUUCAAAAGGCUCGAGUCUCCCGACUGCCCACCAGCAAGCUGCAGGCACCGCUCAAGCACUCCAAUCCGAUCACGCCGAAGCCCAUCUAUCUGCCGAGUGCGCGGACAGAGACCAUGCCCAUGAUGGCCCGACAGGUGUCAGAGAGAAAGGCGUCAAACACUAGGCAGAUCAUUUCCAUUUCAGCUCCCCCGUCGGCAAAUGGUUCGUACGCGAGGAAGUCCAAGAUGUCUCGGUACAAGCGACACGCUCUGCCAUACAGGGAACUCGAUGCGAAUCUCUUUCUGUCGCUCUUCAGCCCGCAAGGACCACAUCCAGCGCCUCAUCCGUUUCAAUACCCACCAUCUGCCGCCCACUUUGCGCCCAUCAACAACGACUUUGAGCCGCACUUUAUCAGCGGGGCCGCCGAGAGCAAAUCCAACUACAACACGGAUGUCAUUAGUCAUGUGUUCUACCUGGGCAUCCACCAGAUUGUGCACACCACCUUCAAGGUGUACAAUGCAGUGCUGUACUUCAAGUACUUUGAGCAUCUAAAGAUGAGCGUCCUGGAGCUGGAACUGGACACGCCAGAGUACAAUCUCAUGAUUUUACUGCCUGACUACCACACGGACAUUGUGGCUGCGGCGGCAUCUCUGAAGCUCGGGCCCACGUUGCGCCUGAUGCGCAAGCAGCUCAAGCCACGGUGGGUUCAGGCCAUCAUACCCGACUUUAAGCUGCACGGAACCAUGUUCCUGACCAACGAUCUGCAGAAUAUGGGCAUCUGUGAUGUCUUCGAGCCAAAUCGCGCCGAUUUUCGACCCAUGACUGAUGAGAAAGGCGUCUAUGUGCGACACAUUGAGCAAUCCAUAGACGUAAACAUUCGUACGCAUCCCAUCAAUCAACUAAAGCGCAACUACGGUGCUCAAACGAAACCCAUUCAGAUCUCUGUGAACCAUCCGUUUCUGUUUUUCAUCAUCGACCGAGAGCUGGACGUGGCUGUAAUGUCGGGCCGCAUACUGAAUCCAUUGAAUGUGCGCAUCCAAUGAUGCAAGACGAAGGU